ACCAUUUCACUCGUCGACACGUUACAUUCCCCACAUUCCCCUGGCACAUGUGUCGCACGGCCAACCCCACGAAAAAAAAUCCGUCCGGGCGCAGAAGACAGACCGAAUAAUGACAAAAAACAGGCGAAAUUCGAUGACUUGUUGCAGGUGAACAGCCAAUAAAAGCAUUAUUUCAUUAAGGGCCGUGCCGUGCGCGGGCGUCUCGCGUCUCGACGCCUCUUAGGCGUCCGGACGGGGCCAAUGGGAACGGCGACGGGGCGGAGCCACCCCUAAUUCCUAUAACAACAUGCAAUUCACGAACACAGUCCGAAUUUAACGGUGUUUGCGAAAACCGAAUCAUAAUCCGUUAAGUGGUGAGAAUGGCUGGUCCGUACUUGUCGUCGUUGCCCGGCGAUCUGCUCACCGAGUACAUGUUCGGCAGAAGGAGGCAGAGGAGGAACAGGACGACGUUCAGUCCGCAGCAGCUGCAGGAGUUGGAGGCGCUCUUCCAGAAGACUCACUAUCCGGACGUAUUCUUGCGGGAGGAGGUCGCGCUCAGGAUUAGCCUGUCCGAAGCCAGGGUGCAAGUCUGGUUCCAAAACCGACGAGCCAAAUGGCGAAAGCAAGCCCGUCUCCAGCUGCUGCAGGACGCGUGGCGGAUGCGCUGCCUGGGCAUAACAUCCCCGCAAUUAAUCUUGACAGGCAGGCCCGCCGGUCCACCGUUGCCGUCGGCGGGCGAACCUCCGGAGAAGGACUACCCGGUCAACCCCGGUCUUCCGGUGCCGUGCCAGUGCUCCCCGACCGCCGGCUCGAGGAGUCCGCACAGCAUGCGCAGCUCCCCCAGCCCUAGGCCCAUCUCGCCCGGCGGGCCCAACGAUCUGUCGCUGACGAAGAAACCGCACAGUCCCGAGGACUACGACGUCAGCAAAAGACUCCUGCACCGCGUGGAGACUUAAGGCAGUGCGGCAGCAGGUUUACAGACGCAAUAAUUUUCACUUUAGGUUAUUAUGUAUGGUACACGGUUUAUGUUUUAUAACUUAACGUGGAUAUCAGUUAUUUUUAUAAUUUGUUAGGAAAAUACUGCAAUAAAAUGUUGCUGCAGCUUUAUCACAUACUUUAUUGAAUCCUAAGGUUAAUUAUAAUAAUUUAAUUUCAAACUGUAGAUAAUUUUAUAUUUAUCACCUGCUUCAAUUAGAGAACAGGUUAUUGUCGAAAUUUCAUGUGGACAUUUUUAAUAUUUCUAAAAAUUUUGAAUUAAUCAAAAUUUUUGAAAAUUUUGUAUAAUGUACAAACGCCAGGUUAUAAUACAAAAACUGUUGACAUUUAUGUAUUAGAGUCAUAUAGAGUUUAUUAAUAUAUUAAACAAUUUUUGUGGA